GUAGUAUUACUCAUUAGGUACUCUUUGCAACAGUAGGUAGGUACACAAACAAACAAAAGUCAUUAGAAAAUUGAGGCGAAUUAACAAAAAAAAGUUGUAUAAACUGGACCAAUUGGACCCUAAACGUGAACCCAGACGAGAUGGAUACAUUACCGGAGUUAUUCGACAAAGUUUCCCUGACUACUUACGAUCCUGAUUCUUCAUAUCACGUAAAAAUUACCCACAUCAACAAUCCACAUAGUUUUUAUGCUCGUCCUACGGCUUAUACGACUUAUUUGCCGAGCCUUGAAGCAAAAGGAGAGCCUAUAAAUGCUGAAGAAGUGCAAUUGAAGGACAUGGUGGUAUUUAAAUCCAAAACACUGAACAAGUCUCUUAGAGGAAGCAUUUUUAACAUAGAUAACAAAUAUUUUGAUAUAUUUACACCAGACUAUGGAUUCCUGGAGAAGAAGGUGCCGGUGACUGAUAUUUUCAAACCGAAAAUUCUUGGUGUAGUACCUCCAUUAGCAGUGCAUUGUAGACUUGCCAAUUGUAAGCCAAUAACCGCAAAGUGGGAGGAUAAAGCUAUUGAAAGUAUGAAAUUUUUUGUUGGUGAAGAACGAGCAUUGCUUUGUGUUGUAGAAAAAAAUCCACAGAUUCUUACUGUGGUGCUUAAAAACUCAUGCCCAGAUGAUAUAUCUUUAAUGCUUGCAUACUGUGGACAUAGCGUUUUGGGUUAUGUAGAAAACCAAGUUAGUAGACUUACAUCUCCACCAUGCCAAAAGUUGUAUUAUACUUACAGAGAACUAAAACUUAAUGACCAUAUACGUGUCAGAAUGCAAUCGGGAAAACUUCCUAAUGAUUUUUAUGUUGCUGUCAGGGAAGAUUAUGAACAAUACUUGGAUCAACAAUAUAAUUACACUUACUUUUGUAAAAAAUUUUGCAAGCUGGAAGUCAUUGACAGGUUACAAGUUCAUAAACCAGUGAGUGUACGUAUGGACGUGACAUAUAAGUAUGAGCGGGGUAUAAUCAAAGAAAUUAUUUCAAACUCAAAAGUUCGAGUUCUACUAGUUGAUUUAGGAACCACUAUAGAGACUCAUGUAGCCUCCUUAAAGGUGCUGUCAGAUAGAUUUUUGCACUAUCCAGCCGCUGCUAUUCAUUGUUGUUUGGAUAAAAAUCAACUGAAUGAAACUAAAUUACUAACAUGUGUACACCCAGGCAAUGAAUUCUUUAUAACAAUUUUAGAAGUUGGUGAUAAUAUUGAGAAACCCCAUGUAGUAAAAAUUACACCAAUAUAAGUAAUUACAAUAUAAUUACGUAUUUAAAUACUAUCUAUGACUAUACCUAGUAUUAAUAUAAAGUAGCUUUAUAAGUAAGAUUGAUUUAAACUUUUACUUACCUCUUAGCAAAAAGUCAGUUUUGAUGUAGGUAUAAUUUGUUAAACUAUUAUCAAAGUAAAGUUUGAUUAUAUUUUGUUCAUUUAACUUAAUUACUCUAUUGUACCUACAUAUUUCACUAUGAAAUGGAAUUCCUCUAUAUUUAUGGGAUUUCCUUAUUUCCUUAUUAUUUCCUUUGGUUUAUUUACUUAUAUUUAACAUAUAACAUUUAUAGCCUACUUAUAUUGGGCACAGGCCUCCCUUCAAUCAACAAUAGGGGCUAAGAGGCAUACUCAAAUAUUCAUUUACUUAUUUACCAAAUGUAAACUAUAAGUUAAAUUAAUAAAAAUUCAUUAUUAUUUA